UUAUGGCUGGAUAGAAAUGAUAAUGGGUUUUAAGUCUCAAAUACAGUAAUUUUAAGGAAAAACUAAAUUUUAGGUUUAUAUUUUUGCAUUGAAUAGUAUUUUUAUUUUUUUUUCUAUGUAGUUUCAGGAAAGAUAAAUACAACAUUUAUAUUUGUGAUUAACUUAUUUAGUUCUAGUUGGCCAAAUUUCUUAGACAAUUCACAGCUUGUUGAUUUUUAAUUUGAAGAUAUGUAUGUAUAUGCCCAUGCUUGUUGAUUUUGAUGUUUGUGGUUAUUUUUUAUUUAAGAUAUAUAUUGGUUUCUUUAUAGGUGAGAGGUGAUGAUGAAGCAAUAUUAGACAUACAGUAUACAUUUUUUAUUUUUUUUUGCUUGCAUUCUUUUGGUCUUAAUUAUUGAUGAUGUGAGAGGUGAAAGGUGCUUGCAUUUUUUUAUUUAAGGAACUUUGUUCACUAGAAGUGGCACGUAUUAAUUACAACAUUGAUGAUGAUUUCCUUUAUUGACCUCAAUAGAUGUUUUGAUAUAUUAUUUUUAUAGCGCCAUCCUACUCAAUGUAAAUUCCUUGCUUAUUUUUUUUUCUGUGUCAGUGUUUUUCUGUCAAAAUGCAUUCUGGUAUUACAUUUUUCAUUAUUAUUUACUGCCACUUGUUCACAGUGCAGUUAACAACUUGCCCAUGGGAUACCCUGUUCUACCACAUCCUCCAAUACCAGCCACAGGUCAACCUCAUCUCGACUCAAUGAACUGUGGAAUAUCAAACUGUCAUGUGGUUAAUGGUGUCCCUGCACCGAGCAACUAUCAUCCUAUUAGGAUGAACUCUGGAAAUGAUAUGUUGAUGGACAGCAGUGAUGGUGAUAUGGCACCUGUUAUUCCCCCAAGUAGUGCAAUGUCUUCCAUGUCAGAGAUGGCCAUGAGUCCUUCAUCAGUGGCAUCCAUCGGUCACUUCCCAUUCAUGGCAUCUGAAAUAUCAGGUAUACUGUCACAGGUAUACAAUGUUUACCUUUCACUUAACUAAAGAUUUGGACUAUCACAGGAAGUUAGAACAUUUUCAUUUUACAUUAUUUUUUUAGUACGAGCCCCGCUUUCUUAUUUAAUUUUUAUUCUCAUUAUCUCUAA